CGGCAUACAUGGGAGACGCGUUACACGUGUUCUGGACCACACGACAGGGGCUAUCUUGAUGAUUUACGAGGGGUACAGAAAGUCCACCACCAUGGAUGUCUAAAAUGGCUUGAAAUAUGCCCUAACGCAUGUCAAUGUGACUCGAAAUGAAAAGAUAUCAUUAACGGCUGAUUGCUUCUGCUGAAUAGAUGACGACCAACAGUUACGUGUAGUGUUUGAUGAGGCGGUGUGUUACGUACUGUUGAAUGUAAACAUAGAGAGAGAGGGUUAAAGUAACGAGUGUUUGUGUCCGCGUUUACCCAACUGUGACCCUUCAAGCCAGCUCUCUAGUUCUGAAUACACGGCAAAUGGCGCGCGGAAACGUGCCAUACAAGACAAAGAAAAGAGUACGUCGCGUGGAUACAUGCACAUGUGGGAUACUGACAUCAAGCACGUGAUCUUCGGUGAUGUUUACAUUUUUCAGUCUUUUGUGUGAUACAGUGAAUGCUAUUUUUUACCGGACGAAGUGACCCUUGAUGCCUACACGUGGACUGCCGAUCGGCAAAGGUGUUUAACAAGUGUCACAUCUCAAGGAAUCUGCCCGGAGGUGGAAGAAUACAUGCAUAAACUAAGAAGAACUGCUGUCGACACGAGACUAAUAACACAUGAACUUGUAGUUGGUUCACGAGAGGAUAAUAUAGAGUGAUUUUCUUUUAGCGAUGGUGUACGAGACAGUUUGCGACGGCAUCGAUUUGGACUUUGUCGAGGAAACCGGAAGUGACGGAGAAGAGGAAUGGCUUCAUUCCACCCGAGUGAAGUACUUUACAAAUGAACUGUCAUUUAGGGGCCGUCUCAAAAGGUUAUUUUUACGAAAACCGGAAACACGUCUUGGAAGCCGAAUAGUUGACCUUGUUCUGAAAGUCAUCUUGUGCCUACUUUAUGUCGUUAGAGUUGAGUUAGAUGACCAUCUGGAGUAUCAGUGCUAUGGAUACAGCUGCUCAGAAAGAAAUCUCACACUUCCUGUCGACAAUGACAAGAUGGUGUAUUCAUCGAACGCGAUCAACUGGUAUGUGUUGAUCUGGGUUCGACGUUCACUAGUCUUAUGGAUAAUCCAAGUUCUUCUCUCCUUCAUGACAUUUUUGAAGGGAUUAUUGGAUAUAUACAUUGGAUCAAAGGGCACCUGUUUGCAGAAACUAACUCAUGAUGGGUUUAUACUGGAUCUCAUAUGUGCAGUACCUUUCCUUGUUACAGUUGCGUACCCACCACUGCUUAGCAACAUCUUUAUUCCUUGUUUUCUCAACUGUUGGCUUGUCCGGAGAUCCCUUCAGAAACUCCUGAAUGACCUCCACUUAACGAGACAAAGAUUCCAGACAAUAUCAGUAACUCUGUCACAACAACUCUUGGUACUUCUUGUCACGCUUUGGUGCCUCAUAUUCACCACGAUAUGUGGGAUACAACAUAUACAGAGAGGAAGCAAUGGCCACCAGUUGUCCAUGUUCGAGGCCAUGUACUUUGUAAUCGUGACAUUCAGCACAGUUGGGUAUGGUGAUAUUUCCCCAGAUACCUGGCUCGGUCAGCUGUUCAUGACCUUCAUGAUAUGUUUGGCCUUCGCCUUCAUACCCAGACAGGUUGAAGGCAUAACGUCUACGUUAAAAGAAAGGAAGAAAAUUGGUGGAGAAUACAGUCAGCGACACUCAGCAGGACACAGACAUGUGGUUGUCUGCGCAACCAAUCUUACAGCUGAAAGCAUUAUGGAUUUUCUUAUCGAAUUUUAUGCCCACCCAAAACUUGAGGAUCACAUCGUGGUGUUACUGAGCUCCGAGGAAAGAGAUACCAGUCUCCAGAUGAUAUUAAAGGAUCCGAAAUGGGCCCAUCGUGUUAUAUACAUGAGGGGUUCGGCUUUAAAGGACAUUGACCUGAAGCGAUGCAGGAUACACGAGGCUGAUGGUUGUUUUAUCCUUACACCGACGGCUUGUAACGACAGGGAUGAAGCGGAUCAACACACCAUUUUGCGAUCGUGGGCUGUUAAAGAUUUUGCACCAAAAUGUAGACAAUACAUUCAACUAUUCAAAACGGAGAAUAAGAUCCAUGUCAAAUUUGCUGAACAUGUGGUUUGUGAGGACGAAUUUAAGUAUGCUCUGUUGGCCAAUAACUGUCUGUAUCCUGGAAUGUCCACACUGGUUACGCUGUUGCUUCAUACAUCUACGGGGGAGGCUGGGCAUAUUGGACAGGAACCAUGGCAACAGGUGUAUGGGCGUCACUCCAGAAAUGCUGUUUAUCAUAUACAGUUAUGCAAAAGCAUGUUUUUUCGUGGUUACAGUGGACAGAGUUUCACUUGCGCCUCGGCGAAUGCCCAUAAACGGUUUGGAGUUUGUCUCGUUGCCGUUUUAGAUAUCACCAAACCGGAUCCUCGGCUGCAGCUGAAUCCUGGAGCCGACUACAAACUAAAGGAUUCGGAUUAUUGCUUCUAUAUAGCAGAGUUUAAAGAGGAAUAUGCUAAGAUAUGUUCAGAAGCAAAAACCGAUCAGAAACAAACAGGAAAUGAACCAAGCAAAAAUCUAGAUCAAAUAUCGGAACUCCUAGAAAAAUUAUUACAGCAGGAUCUGAGUUCACCACAAGACGAACAGGAGGAAAGUGUAUUCAACAAUACUAUCACUUGUCAGUGGGGUCUGGAGAUUGCACGGCGUAUGCGUACGAAAGCACCGGAACCCCGAGCAUCAGAAAGUGACCUUGACGAUAAUGUGGUUGACACGGAAGUGGACACCCACGGUCAGACAGAUCCAGCCGUACCUAAAGUCCUACAACUGUAUGAAGAUAUGGGACAAGAAAGUAUUAUGACGGGCCCGCCACCGCCUACACUCUAUGCCAGUAAACAGAAAACACUGUGUCACGUGAUGAAAUCCCCAAGACCCGUAUGUUGUUUGGAAUGGGGCACGGACUGCGAACAUUGUACAUACAAGAAUGCACGUGAUAGUAGAUGGACCAAUCAGCUGAUUAUAUUGGCAGCAGAACACGCGUGCGUUGGCAUCCACAACUUUAUCGUUCCUCUGAGAUCACACUUCAUCAGUAUGAACUCCCUCAGUCCGAUAAUCCUACUACUGAAUGAUAGGCCGACAAAUCUAUUUUUGGAAACAAUCGGACAUUUCCCCCUGGUCUACUGGAUUCAAGGAAAGAUAACAAGCAUUGACGAUCUGAUCUUAGCCGGAAUUCACAAAGUCAGCCAUCUUGUGAUCGUAAACCAUGAGUCAAAAUCAAAAGAAAUGGAGAAAACAAUGGUGGAUUCAGAAUCUGUGGUAGCAGUACAAACAAUUCUGAAACUUUUCCCGAAUACUAACAUCAUUACGGAACUCAGCCAGGCUUCUAACAUCCGCUUCAUGCAAUUUCAAGCCAACAAUGAGUAUACUCGACAGGUGUCAAAACUUGAAAGGAAACUGAAAGAAAGGAUGAGUUCGACACUUUCCCACAUAUUCCGACUUCCCUUUGCUGCAGGACAGGUAUUCAGUGCCAGCAUGCUCGAUAGCCUUUUAUAUCAGACGUUCGUUAAAGGCUACCUCAUCACGUUUGUACGGCUGUUGCUUGGAAUAGAUGCAGAGGAUAAUUCAGGUCAUUUAUCAAGUAUUCGUGUUAAAAACAUGACACUUGUACGGUACCGGACAUUUGAAGAACUAUACCAGGGAAUGGCAACCACAACAGGGGAAAUCCCUAUUGCUAUUUAUAGGACUGAGAAUUCUAUACCGGAUACAUCGGGAGAAGACGGAACAGUUAACAACAACCAAGAUGGAAAACGGAAUGGACUUACUGAAUCACACAGCCGCCCGUCUCUGCCGAAAGGCCCCUUCAUGGGCAACCACAUGCAGAAUAGCGACAUGUGCGAUCUUGUGAGGAAUCGUUUACAAAGUCUCGGCAUGGACGCAGAUGAUUAUGCCGAAGAGGUAACAAAAGAUGAUGAAAUUUCAUACGUUAUACUUAACCCAACGCCAAAGAGAAAAUUGAGAGUUGGAGAUAUUGUGUAUGUUGUUCAACCGAGUAGUAUGGCUGCGAUACCUCACAAACAACGAUGGAAUCGGACCAGAUCUGUGAGAAUAAGAAAUAAGGAAACCAAUGGAAACAACAGAUCUCCAAGAUCAACACCACCUAUUUCAACAUCCCCUCGAUCAACGUCUCCAACAUCUUCAUCACCAGGGUCAUCAUCUCCAAAAACCGAAAAAGAACAUUCCCCUCGAGUGAACUUCUUAACGCCGACGUUAAGUCCAGAACAGGACAGAAAUGGCAGAUUCACUGUAGUGCCGUCAUCCUAACAACCUAAUCAACGGAAAAGACACUAGGUGUGCGAUGGAAGUUCACUGGGUGUCCGUGUUUGAACGAUCUGGGUGUCUCAUUAAAACACUUGGUGUCUGGUGGAAAUACAGCAGGUGUCUGAUUGAAACACAGCAGGUGUCUGAUUGAAAUACACUAGGUGUCUGGUGGAAAUACACUAGGUGUCUGAUUGAAAUACAGCAGGUGUCUGAUUGAAAUACACUGGUGUCUGAUUGAUAUACACUGAGUGUCUGAAAAAAUAAACUAUAUGUCUGAUGGAAAGACAAUGGGUGUCUGAUGGAAAAGGCAUGUGUAUCUGUUGGAAAGACACUGGUUGUCUGAUUGAACUACAUUGGGUUUCUGAUGGAAUUACGUUUGGUUUCUGAUGGAACUACAUUGGGUGUCCUAUGGAAAUGCUUUGGGUAUCUGAUGGAACUACAUUGGGUUUUUGAUGGAACUACAUUAUGUGUCUAAUGGAAAGACACUAGUUGUCUGAUGGAAAUACAUUGAGUGUCUGAUUGAAAGACAAUGGGUGUCUGUUGUAAGAUACUGGCUGUUUAUCCCUGCUGCUUAAAGAAGUGUUUUGAUGCCGAAGGUUUGGUAAUGAAUAUCCAUUUCUAAGUGACAAAUGUGCUGUGGUAUGAAGCAAACUAUUAAAGUAUCAAUGGAAAUUCAUUUUUUAAAUCAUGUAUUAAUGGACAUUAACUUCGAUGUCUGAGUUGUGCUAGGAUAUGAAUUUAGGAUUUGCAUAUGAACGAGUAUUCAUUUCUUAAUCACAACUAUGUUUUGACCUAAUUAAAAACAAUUGAUGUAUAUUUAUUAAUGUAUAUUCAUUUUACUUUUAUUGAUGUGAGGAAGGUGAUUGGCGAAUAUUAUGAUAAUUCCUCAUAUUCGUAAUAAUUAUUGUGUCUUAAAAAGUACGUAUUGUUCAGGUAAAUCACCUUGCGUAACAGGAUACUACAUGACCCUAUUUAAUAAGUCAUUAUAUUAAAGGAUGUAAAUGAAAAUCAGGGACGUUGUAAAAUCGGUACUAGUCACAUGUGACAUAAGGAUAAACAUGUACAUUUUGUAUAUUGCGUUCAUUUCUGGAAUAGCAUUCCUGAAUAGCGCUCAUUUGUAUGUUUUCGAGUUUACCGUUUUGGUGGAGUGUAGAUGGAUUCGUAGUCUGAAUAAACAUUAUCAAUUUUCUCAAUACCGAGCUGCUCCUACAUAUAUAGAUGAGAAUAAGUAUUUUAAUUUCGCCACUACCAUUUUUAGACGUCAUUUGCGUCUAUCGUCUUCCAAAAUGAAUAAAAAUAAAUGGUCAGUGAGCGAUAGUACAUUAUAAAUCUCGACAGAGAUAACCUUAUUUUAAUGUGUCUAUUGGUAUAACUUAUCGACAUGUGUUUAUGACAUGUGCAGACGUUCAUUGCGCAUCUGCUGAUUUAUACAAGUGUCUUCCCUUUCUGUAAUGUGUCUUCCCGAUGUGAAACAUCGACUCGUUGGAUAUCUUAAUUUAGGAUUGAUUAUCUGAACGAAGGUAGUAGUUUUUGUUAUGUCACGUGACUACUCUUAUGAAGUUAACGGCAAGUUAGUGAGUUCUUUACAUUUUUUAUUGUUGUUUAUAUUGUGAAUGUUAUGUCGCUUUCAUUUUAGUACGUUUAAAACACGCCAAUAUGUACAUGUUAUUAGGUUUGGCUUUUGCUCCGUUUCUUGUUUCUUCCACUUUCUUCCGCCGACGAGGUUUCGACAUGUUUCACGAAAACUGGAGGGCGGAAUUCAAGGAAACUUUGCAUGAAUGUCUUGUAUGACCGGCCGUGCGCAAGAAUAGUUUCGUUUUUCGAUCGGUCAACUGACCGGUCAGCCAGACCGAGAUCUGAUUAGUCGAACUUAAGAUAUUGCCUGAAUGUGAUGAACUUUGGUAUAUAUGUGUAGUAUGACACUUCAAACAUUUGCGAUAUCAAUAAGUACAAUAAGAACUUGUUGACUAACGUUUUCAUAAAAGUUUGUUUCUCUAACAUGUUAAUUAUUCCUAAAUAUCCUGAUCUAUUUCCAAUAUCAAACAUUCCAUUUUAUAUGUACCCAUUUAUUUGCGUUUCAGUGCGCACGCCAGUUCCGUACGGUCUCGUUUCAAGUAUUCUUACACAGUAUCGUUAAUUUAUAAAAAUAGUUAAUUAACUGUUGUUUUAAGCAGUUUAACUCAAGUUCAGUUUGAAACACAUCUGCUAAUUUUAGUAGUUGGCCUGUUUGCUGUAAAUGCUAACUAAGCAAAAUUUAACAUCGACGAACUAGUUCUGACUUUGACAUUCUCAGCAUUAUCAGCCCCGCGAAAUUGUUUUAAAAAAAACGUAAAUUCUUGUGUUUUACAGAGUCUGCAUUCAGGCUAAGGUAAACCAUCCUUCCGACAGAUCUUUCGGUUAAUGGUUGUUUUCCAGAAAGUCAUUAAUGGAAAGACACUUGGUAAACCUGAAAGGUUCAUAUGGAAGUCAUGGUAUUUCUUCAAUUGAUUGAUGUCUUAUUGUGGUUAGUUACCUCCGCUCCGUCUGAUUGCAGUGUUAGAUAGUAGACUGUUUUACUGUAUUACUUUUCUUUUAUUGUUCCAUAUCAGGCACGGAAACUGUGAAUACAUAAACAAUUGAAUUGGAUUAUGUAAAACAUUUUAAUUUGUAUCGUAUUGUUAAGACCCUUUCAGUUAUUAUUUUUAACAUUGAUAUUGUGUUCCCCAAUAUGACGGCAUCGAGGGUGUCCACAAUAAAGAUGGCAUCGUCUGUAUAUAGCUUCUCCUGUUUACCUAUGUUACGCUUUCUUAUUCAAAUUGUCUCUUUAAAGAGUUUCGCUCUCAAUAUAUUUUUUUCACAACAAGAUUAUAGAUACAGUGCAGCAAAAUCGCAUAAAGCAUUCUUCUUGUGUCUUCAGGACAAAACAAAACAAACUGAAUAUUAUAAAGACGAUUUCGAAAAAUCAAAGCUGGUCAAUAUCAUCCUUUCGUUGAACAUAUAGCAUCCGUUGAUAUUUCCGUAGCAGUUUGAAGGUUAGUAACCUCAUCACAGAGAAAGUACAUGUAGCGAGUCCCGAUUCUUUGAUUCUUUAAGCACAAGCAUAAAGAAAGCAUGUUAUAUAGAGGGCAGAACGCUACGAUUACUUUUUGUUUAAAUUUUAAGUGGCUGUUAUGAUAUUUACUGAUUAUGAGAUUUAUUGUUUUGAAAUAAGAAUCUAUUUAUUAUUUCAUUAGUAAUAGCAGAUUAUAAAAAUGCCAUUUUAAACUUGCCACCGCCGUUUUAUACAAAUCAAAUCAAUUGAAAUUGCCUUGAUUGUUAUGGUUUUUAGGAAACACGAAGUUUUUUGAAACAAUCAUAUUUUAAUAGGAUAAAUACAUACAUUUUCUCUUUAAAUACAUUUAAUUCUUUAACUUAGCUCUAAUACAAGGGCAAUGAUCACUUCCUUAAGCCUAUGUUUUAACACUCAUAUAUAUCGAGAGAAAACGAAAUAAAUACUGAAACAUAUCUAUGCAAAUUACCAUGUAUUUCUUUAUAUUGCAUUGUUUUUUACCAUUUAAACCAUUUGAUAUGAGAUUGUUGUUAUUCUGUCAAUAUUUGACGUUUUCCUAUUUCCCAUGUUGUUAUGUAUAACUGUCAUUAAAUGAUUGUUGUUGUUUUUUGUAUGAUUUGAUGGCCAAAAUAAUGAAUAAAAGUUUGUUCGAGGAAUAUUUUA